UGUAUACCUGUGCGCUUGCGAUAGAACAGACACAAAUCUCCCGCUUUAUACGAUACGCAGUAUAUGUAUAAUGGAGGUGUGUACUAUCUGGCUGUUGGAGGCUCUGUGUAUCUUAUCAACUUUAAUGAUUGUCAACACAUCAGUUAACACCAAUCGUGAGCCAAAUGUCAAAAUCACCACUCAAAGUUCAAACUUCAAUGCUGCAUAUAGUAGUGGCAAGGCAGUAGAUGGCUGUAAAAAACAAAUCUUCGACAAACAAAGCUGUUGUUCACACACACAAACAGGUCAACAGGAGGCAUGGUGGCAAGUAGAUCUAGAGGAACUGAUCGUUAUGGAAUACGUCAAAAUAUACUUCAGAGAUGAAGGGUAUCAGCAAAAACAACAAUUUGGUGGCUAUCAAAUAUACCAGUCGAACACUUCGGAUUGGCGGAACGGUCACCUUUGUCAUAAAGACACAACAUCAACGCCGGCCACGUUAUCAUUGACUCCCCAGAUACAAUGUACAGGUAGCGCCAAGUACCUGACGAUAUACAGCGACAGACGGUCAGGAGGUCUAGCGUGGUACUCUAAUAGCGCUUUUCUGGCGCUUUGUGAGGUAGAAGUGUACGGUACGUAGCUGACAUAUUUAACCUUAAAACGUUGUAUCCACAUUAGUAGAGAGUAUUGAGGGAUAAUGAAACUUUCAGAAGUUGAAUUUUAGACAAAGAUGAAUAUUCAUGAAACACUAUCUAAGAUAAAUGGUUAACCAUAUUAUCAUUUUUGUAAUAUACUUAAAGUAUCUGUUCAAUUUUAUAUUUUUGUUCAGUUACAGAAUUGGUGUUUUCCAUUUCAGUACUCAUCUUUGCCAUUUAUUAAUGUUUGUAUAUCUACA